AUGUACAACACAUCGGGAAGACUGCAGCACUUGGGAUUUUUGCUAUUUGGAAUACUUUUAUUCUAUUCGCACGUAACCUCAGCAGAAGGCUUAGAAUCGGAUAUUCUGUAUCCGCCACAAUAUACUACUAACCGUAUAGUAGGCGGUCAAGAUGCAGCAGCUGAUAUUGCACCUUAUCAAAUAUCAUUGCAAACACUUAAAGGACGGCAUUUUUGUGGUGGUGCUAUAAUCGACAAACGUUGGAUUAUAACAGCUUCACACUGUUUGAUAGGCCAGAAGGCAGAAAACGUUAAAGUAUUAACCGGCACACAUAACUUACUAAACAAUACCAGUAAAUAUUAUUAUCCAGAUCGCAUAGUUACGCACUGCAAUUACAACAGUCCGGCUUAUGCAAAUGACAUUGCCUUACUGCAUUUAAACGACAGCAUUGAGUAUGAUGAGCACACGCAAGCCGUAGAAUAUGAUCACGAACCACUUAAGGCAGGAGAUGAACUUGUACUUACCGGUACGUAG